UCCCACCGCCUACCCAUCGCCACCACCACCACCACCACCAUCCAACCCUCCCAUCCACAAUGUCAGACCAAAACAUACGAAUCAACGCCCCCCUACUCGACAAGUUCGUGAGCCACACGGUCCGAAUAGUCGGCAAAGUCACCGAUGUGCGGGGCGACACAGCAGUUAUCGACGCCAAAGGGCCGAUCACGCUCAUUCUCGGCCGUGACGAUAACUUAACCGUCGGCAAUGGCGUCGAGUUGAUCGGACGGGUGCAGCAGGGGCUCGAGGUGAAGGUGCUCACCAGUUGGGAUUUGGGUGAUGGAGUCGAUUACAACCUCCAAGACGCGGUGGUCGACGUUGCGCAUCGGCACAAGACGCUGUUCUACGAUGCCAAUUAGACGGCGGCGACUACUAUACCUACCAUAAUGACUUGCUGCUACACCCAACUGUCCUCUGCGGUGUGGGGUGUGGAUGUGAUGUGAAGAAUAAAAACCUAUCUACAUAUCGCUGCGCACAAAAUCUAGACUUUGAUUUGUUUCAAU